AUGAAGAAAUUGCCAAAGCAUGGUAGCUCGUCAUCGGAAGCUGAAGAGCGAUACGCAACGAUGGACGAAAAGAAGCGGAAGAGAAUGAUAUCAAACAGAGAAUCAGCAAGGCGAUCAAGGUUAAGGAGAGAGGAGCACAUCAAAGACCUCAACUGCCAAAUAACCUUUUUCAAGAACAGUAACAAUGGGAUAAUUAAAAAAAUCAAUUCCAUAACACAACAAUUCAUGGCAAUUGAAUCCGAUAACCAAAAGUUAGCCACGCAGCGCGAUGAACUCACAAAGACUUUGGAGUCUCUGGAAAUUGUUUCAAGCUAUGUCAAAGACAUACCUCAAUGUAAUUCACACCCAUGGCAGCUCUCUCACCAAUCUCCACCACUCGUUGCGUCGGUUGGGAUGUUCAAAUUUUGA